UGUGGUUAAAGUUUUUUUCCAAAUCAACAUUUUAAAGUAACAUAUUUUCGUGUUUAAUUACAAACAACUACUAAUUUAAUAGAUUAAUUAUUCUAUUUUGUACUAGCUUAAUUUGAUUUAUUAAAAUUAAUAUGAAUCAAAUGCCUAAGACUAUAGUAAUCUUAUAACAUUUAUAAUCAAAUAAUAAUAAAACAUUUAACUGACAAUAUUGAAUCACAUAAAAUUCAUCAAGUAACUUAAAUAUGUCAUAUGCAAGUAUUCUUUCUAAGAACCUCAAAAAGGGUCCACUUAAACUUAAAAAGUUACCAGAAGAGAAAAUAUUGCUAGUAAUAGAUCUAUUCAAGUUAUCAGAGUUGGACAUCAAAUUUGGUUCCUCUCAUUUUGAUGCCAUAUCUAGCUUAACUAUUAUUCAGAGGGCUUUUAAGUAUUUUGUAUCGCACAAAAAUCUAUAUUAUAAUAACCAAUUUGCAAUUUGUUUAUUAACACCAUUUUCUUAUGAUUUGAUAUUAGAUUUUACUUCAGAUGUUAAAAUAAUAUCUAAAGAAUUGUUGUUAAUACCUACUUCAAUAAGUAUUACAGAAGAUAUUGCAGCAUACGAUUUUGGACCUUUUUUAAAAUUUGUUGCUCAAUUAAGAAGUAUUCAUAAGGAUUCUAUAUUCAGGGUGGUCAUGUCAUAUAACAGAGAUGAUUGUUUACCUAUAAUAGAUUCAUUAGAUAAAAAUACAUAUAGUAUUUUUAGUUCUCCAAGUUUCUUUUUUGACAUAGUUUAUAUAUGCAAAAAUAAUUUAGAAAUAGAUGAAAUGGCUCAAAAUAUUUAUGGAAAGUUAGCCUUAUUAUGUAAUCCAUGGUCAUAUAAAAUUUGUACUCAAAGAAAACCAAUGGCUAUUAUGAAUGGAAUUUCAUCAUUAUUACCUCAUCCUUUAGUACGAUGCAAUUACAAAUGAUCAAUUAAAGUUUUAUUUGUAAUUUUUUUUUAUUAAUUUUGCUUAUUUGUUAUUUUAAUUUCUAAGACUAAUAAUGUUUGUAUGUUAUUUUGGGAUUUGCAUAAGUCCAAAAAUUAUUAUUUUCAGGUCACUUUAGUUUUUUUAGAAAAUUAUUUGUAAAAAACAAAUACAUUAAUGUAUUGUUAUCAUAUUAGUUAAAAAAUUGAGCAAGU